CCCUUUUCCGUAUACUAAAGUGCAAAUGUGCUGGAUUGUCAUUGCUGAAAAUGGCGAGAGAGCUGUGACCGUUCUGAAGACUCUACUGACUCUGAACAAGCUGCCCAAGGUCCCAACAGUCAUCCAGUCUUGUCACCGUACGUGGCUGUCCUGAUCGUGUGUCUAAACUAUUACCAGUGAGGGUGUGAAACAAGUACUGGAGCAUCCUCAGAUAGCUGGUCUAUCAGUUGAAUCAUAUCCCACCACACGUACGUACAUAUAAAGACAAUGGAUGAGAGAGGUCCUCCUCCUCCACCUCGAGUGGCCUCAAAAAGUGGCGAUAAGAACGGGACGUCAGCCUCGUCCGACAAGAAGGAGAAGAAGAUUGUCUGGCCAUUCGGUAGAAAGAAUCAAGUCAAAGAUCGGCCAGAGAUAUCUUCACCUGUUGAUUUCGAACACACAGUCCACGUAGGAUUUGACCCACACACUGGCGAAUUCACAGGCAUGCCAGAGGCUUGGGCCAAACUCCUCCUAAACAGUGGAAUUAGUGCUGCUGAGAAAAAGAAGAACCCACAAGGUGUCAUCAAGGCUUUAGAGUUUUACACGGCCAACUCCUCUGGAAUCGGUGAUGGGGAAACCAAGUUCAUGACAGCACAGAGAUACGGUGGGGCUGGAUCAAGACCAAGUCUAAGCUCAGACACGUUCACACCGCUGGCCCCCGUGAGACCCGCCCCUCAGCCUCCCUCAGGGGAAUCCCCUCCUGAUAUACCCCCAAGACCUCCGGCCACUAAGAAAUCCGACGGAAAAAUUGCACUAAAGCCACCAAUUGCAACUACAUCCCAUGAUGCAAGCUCUGCCAAUCAAGCCUCACCUGCCACUGAGCAGAAGAGACAAAAGAAACCUAAAAUGUCAGAUUCUGAAGUCAUUGCUCAUCUCAAGCAAAUUGUGAGUGUUGGGGACCCAACAAGGAAGUACACCAAGAUGGAGAAGAUAGGACAGGGUGCCUCUGGUACUGUUGUCACUGCCAUGGAGAUAUCGACUGUGCAACAGGUGGCCAUUAAACAAAUGAACAUCUCACAGCAGCCAAAGAAGGAGUUGAUCAUCAAUGAGAUUCUGGUAAUGAAAGAGAUCAAACAUCCAAACAUCGUCAACUAUGUAGACAGCUACCUUGUUGGAGAGUCUGAGCUCUGGGUGGUGAUGGAGUACCUGGCUGGUGGCUCUCUCACAGAUGUUGUCACAGAGACAUGCAUGAAUGAGGGUCAAAUAGCUGCCGUGUCUCGAGAGUGUUUGCAAGCUCUAGAGUUUCUCCAUGCCAACCAGGUCAUUCACAGAGACAUCAAGAGCGACAACAUUCUCUUGGGCAUGGAUGGUCAAGUUAAACUAACCGACUUCGGGUUCUGUGCUCAGAUCACUCCGGAACAAAACAAACGCUCAACGAUGGUGGGUACUCCGUACUGGAUGGCCCCAGAGGUGGUGACAAGGAAACAGUACGGACCCAAAGUAGACAUCUGGUCACUGGGGAUCAUGGCUAUUGAGAUGGUGGAGGGGGAACCCCCUUAUCUCAACGAGAACCCUCUUAGGGCCCUCUACCUGAUUGCUACAAAUGGAACCCCAGAACUUCAAAAUCCUGAGAAGCUGUCGAAAACUUUUAAAGACUUUUUAACACAAUGCUUAGAAAUGGAUGUAGAAAAAAGAAAGGGAGCCACUGAAUUGUUACAGCACCCCUUCCUGCGCAAGUCAGCUCCCCUGUCCAGUUUAACACCACUAAUUCUCGCAGCCAAAGAGAUGGCCGGCAAGCACUGAAUGCAUCUUUCAUUGAUAGCGGACUGCUAUAAACAGUUACUUAUUAUUAUGUAUUGUAGGAUCAAUUUGUGAGUACGUGUGUGUAUGUGUACAAUGUAGUGUAGAUGUGUGCUGUAAAUUAGUGUUUCAAUUGACUUGUUUUUAGUCGUGCACUGAUUGGUUGUACACUGUUUGUUAUCACUGUUUCAAUGACUUGA